AUGCUCGUUUCUUUACAAUCAUCAGCCGUUGUCCUGGAAAGUUACCACGUUGCAGAUGCUAAUUUUACCAUCUCCUUCGACCUUGCAAUGACGAGAGCGCGUAGCAUUCAAGAUGUAAACAGUAGAACUGAAAAAGGCGACAAAAAGACUUUCGCAAACGGCUUGCAGUGGAUGCCAAUGACAGGGUCGCUUCCUUACUUCAACGACUAUGGCUGUGUUGCGAUCGACGACCUCGGCGGCAAGAUAUACAUGUUCGGCGGCAAACGCCCUGGAACCGAUGCUCUUUGCUGUGAUUUCAAUGUCUGCGAUGCAAGGACCAUGAAUUGGGAAGACUGGACUAAUUCUCUUAGUCGUGAAUUUGCACCCUCCAGUCCUCUUUCUCCUCUUCAAAAUGCCUCGUCUACUUUUUUGAACAUCCAUGGCUGGAAAUACGUCUUCUUGUUCGGCGGCUAUGAUGGCAUAGACAUCAACUCUCAGCUCAUCGCAAUCAAUAUCAAUACCAAAAUUUGGUCAGUAGUGCCCAUUGAAGGUACAGUGGCUCCUCGCAUGGAUACAGCCAUGGUCGACAUAGGAAAUCGUUUGUAUAUCUUCACAUUGCCGACCCAGAGGAACGAGUAA